AUGGAGGAUUCGGGAGCGAUCCUCUGCCAGAUCUCUUCCCUCAAGGAUAUGCUCGAUCAGGUGAAUGAAGAAAUAGAGGCGAACAUUCAGAUUACACGCGAGAUAGAAGCGGAGAUCUUCAAGUGCUCAGAGAUCGAGAGCGCUUUGGCUGUUAGAGAAUCGGAGCUUACAAAGACGCUUUACGUUUCGCACUUUGAAAUCGAUGGAUUCGCCACCGUUACUGCACAUGCAAGGACCUCACUGAAUUCCUUGGAGAAGGAAUUGUGUUGUCUAAGAAUGGAACGGGACGAGACGCUAAAAAGAAUAAACGACAAGCGGGAAGGAUUUACCACUCUGUGCUUAGAAUUUCAGAAGGACAUUGACAAAGGGAAAAACGAUGAACUGAGGCCUUUGUUGUUGGAGAAAGAGUUCCUUGAAAAUGAAAUCCAUCUGUUGGAUAAGAAAAAUAAUGGCAUGAAGAAUUCAAUGUUGGUCUUUGUGGAAGAAAUCCUUGAAGAACUUCACAAUGCUAACUCUGCUUUACAAGUCGAGAUAGCGGCUGCGAAAGAGGAGAAUGAGAAACUGCUCGAGGAUAUCGACUGCAUGAAGACACAGUUGCUUUCAACUCUCAUGAUUGAUGAUGAUCAUUGGCCUAUAUAAUGCUAACCAUGAGGCAUGCUGGCAUGAGAGCAUUUUGGGCUGAAAACCGACCGUUAGGGGGCCUCGACCCCUUUGAAACUGGUGACACCAACUGAUUGGGGGUGGACAUUUACCGGCACCGAUCCCAACGGUCUGUGGUCCGCCCCUGCGUUACUUGGCGUUUCCGGCCUCAAUGAUUAUUGCUUGUUUUGGGUUUAGUUUGAUUUGGAACUUUAAAAUGUAAAACAUUGGUUUUUUUUUUUUUUUUUCACAUUUCAUUUGGUUUGAAACAACCAUUGGCUUCAUUUGGUAUUUGAAAAUCUCAAUUUUAAAUAUUGAUGAAUAAAAACCAACC